AGUGUACCUUCCCGGCUGAGAAAAAAAUGUCCACUCCGAUGCAGAAUGAUUUGCAUUUGGAGAAAGACAAUUCAAAUCAAGCUCCGGCUGAUGUAGCAAUCGUUGCACCACCUCGAGAGAUCAGAAUUCAUAUCGAUAAAAUAGCACGUGUGGUUGCCCGGAAAGGGUUGAGGAUAGAGAGAAGGAUCAUGAACGUUAGUGAGAUUCCCUCUAAAUUCGACUUUCUGAAAAAGUCAGAUCCUUAUCACGCAUAUUACAAGCACAAGGUUACUGAAUACCUUGCUAAGAAUCAAGAUGAAGGAGCUCAGGAUAUUCAUCAACCUGAAGCUCCAGCUACUCUUAAAGGUGAUGCACAACACUAUCUCCGGCCUCUUCCUUUAAGGGAUCCGGCUUCCAAGUUCCCAGAUUAUGUUCUCCCUGAAGGAUAUACUAUAGAGGAUCUUGAUACUAUUAUUCUCACAGCGCAGUUUGUGGGUCGGUACGGGGCGGAAUUUUGGUUGGAUUUGAUGAAGGAAGUGGAUAACAAACCUCAGUUUGAGUUUUUGAAGCCAGCUGACAGCAAGUUCGAUUAUUUCAAUCGGCUUUCUGUUGUGGCUUCGGAAGGACUAAAGCGAUCCGAAAAGCUGACUAGUUCUCGUAUGGCGAUUGUUAUUAAGGCUUUUUUCUACCAUCUUCGUCGUAAAAAGGAAAAGCGGGUGUUGAGCCACAAGGAGGGAGCGGCAAAGGCUAGUACUGUGUUUGGUGCUUUGUAUGCUUUUGUGGGUGCUGAUGGCUGCUUUGCUGACAUCAAGGACGAAGAUUUGCCACUACUUCAACACCCUUCAACGAUCAAGAACAUACUAACAAAGCUGCAGCCUCGUAUGCCUCCACUGGGAUCUCAGCUUGGUUGGGAACCAGAGCCAAGGAGACAAAAGUUUGACGAGUCUGUCCUUGUUCCAGAAGACCAGUUUCUUGCUCAACAUCCGGGUUCCUCAACGAUCAUGGUUUCUGUUCCAGACCUCGAUGAUUGGAAAGUCGUUGAGAUCACAGUGCAGUCGCUAUCGGAAAACGUGGCAAGUUUGAAGGAGAAAAUAUCUGGGGAGAUCCAAUUUCCUGCAAACAAACAGAAGUUACGUGGAAAAGCCGGAUUCUUAAAGGACAACAUGUCGCUUGCACAUUACAACGUGGGAGCAGGUGAAAUCUUAACACUGUCUUGGUGAGAACGCAGGGAAAAGCUUUUCACUGGGAUCUCAGCCAAAACUAUAAACAAAAGCUUGACGA